AUGGUAACAUUAGAAAGGGAAUGGAAUUUGGAGUAUUUUGAAAGGGAUCUACCAAGGGAAGUUCUCUUGUAUAUUACAGGUAUUCAUCCCCCAAAAGAUGAUGCAGGGGAAGACCAAAUAGCGUGGAGGUUAACGGAUAAUGGCAAAUGCACAGUAGCUAGUGGAUACAAUGAAUUCGCACAUGAACAGUGUAGAAGGGGAAUGGCUGAUUGCCAUUUUUGCGAUUUAUGUGGGAGUGGGGUUGAAACACCUUUGCAUGCGGUGAGAGAUUGCUUGGUAGCUCGAAAUGUCUGGCUUUUCAAUGGAGAAUUUGGUGAGGCUUCGAUUGAGGUUGCUGGAAUUAUUGCCUUUGCGAAAUCAGUCAUGUUGACAAACAAUAGGAGAAAUCAGCAAAAUGAUCCAGCAAUGUCUUUUGCUAGUUGGCAGCCGCCACCUAGCGACUGGUGCAAGUUGAAUACGGAUGGAUCAAGGUACUUGAUUACUAGUCAAGCCUCUGCUAGGGAAUUAUGGGCAAUCAUGGAUGGAUUGGAUAUAGCUUGGAAAAGAGGCGUAAAGCAAUUCUUGGUGGAAAGUGAUUGUUUGAUUGCGGUCAAUAUGCUUAAUGGUCAGAUAAAGGAUACAGAAGGGAGUCUAGCACGAAUCGUCAGAGAGCUGUUAGCAAGGAAUUGGCAUGUGAAGGUAAUGUUUACUCCACGCACAACGAAUAUGGCUGCAGAUUCCAUGGCAGCAUUAACAAGAAAUGUUCCUCUUGGUUUGAGAAUUUAUGAUGUUCCCCCAAGAUGA